CAGCGCCAUGGGCUCCAGGCGCGCAAAGGCCGGCCUGGAGACGCCGCUGCCCGGGCUGCCGAGCUGGGAGGCCGCGCUGGUGUCCGCCCGCCUCGAGGAGGAUGACUGGAAGCCUAGCAUCACUUUUGUUGUUGGGACCAAGACUGAGGAUGAAAUCCACACCCAGGCCCUGGCUCUGGCUGUGCAGGUGCCACUGCGCAAGCUCUUCAGUGUGGUAACGUGUGAAGAUAUUUACAGACAGAUCACGGAAUCUGGGGGUCAAAAGGGAAAAAAGGCUAAGGAUAUGCCUAUGUACUAUGAGGUGAUGGAAUUAGCUAAAUCCUUUCUGGACCGUGAUGAAAAAAUUCCUGUAACUCUAACUGGAAAGCUGUUGAAAUUUCAAUUGCUAUGUCUCAAACAGAAGGAUCUUCAGAGAAGACAAGAGGAAAAGAAGUCAGGACAGCAGCAAAAAGAGAAAGUAAAAGAAAAAGAAAAAGAGAAAAUAAAAGAAAAAGAGAAAGUGAAAGAAAAAGAAAAGGAAAAAGCUAAACCUUCUGAGAAGACAAGUGGAAAAGAUAGUAAAGGAAAAAAGUCAGUGGCACCAACCCCUGUUAAAAAGGACACCAAAUUGAAACAACGGGGAGAAGAGGAAGUGAAAGACAAAUACAUUGAUGAUGAACCAGAUGAUGGCGCUCAUUAUUACUUUAUCAUUCUGGGUUUCCCCAAUCUUCAAUUGUUGCCUGUCUUGACUGACCUUGGGAUUAACAUUUCAAGUGUAAUUCAAAUUUCUUCUGAGAAUUACAAACCAUUGGAGUUAUACUUAGAAGCAACUAAACUUGAAAGACAAUCUUCAAUUUUACCUGAAGAUGUAGAAGCAGAGAAAAAAAAGGAAGAUGAAGCUAAGAAAGACCUGGAAACAUUUUGGAAGUUCCUGGAUCCUGUUCUGAACAGUGGAAAGCAUGGAUCAAGUCUCUUUGAUGUUGCCAGAUUUCAUUACCUAGUUAAGGAAAGUGACUUUCCCCCUGUUUGGUCAGACAGUGAAAUGCUGCUUGCAUUUGGUUCUGUGCUGUUUGAAUACAUUGCUUGUUUGAUGUAUGACUGCCUGGACUGGAGAAGACAGUAUUGUAACUACUUGGAAAACACCAAGUUAAUUAAUGUGCCUAUGUUACCAGAGAGCAAAUCAACACAACCACCUUCAGUUGAGGAGCAACCAGCACCACGGAUGUUACCUACAAAAAAAAAAGGGAAACCAGAAGAAAUUCUGCCAACAGCAGUUUCGUCAGAGUCAGAAGAAACUUCUAUUCUGUUUUCUUCUGUGGACAUGAGGUAUUACAAUGACUUGCUGAAUCAAAUUCCUGAGGAGUACUUCUCUGUACCUUUAAUGCUGAGCUGCAUGUUGGAACAGGUUAUUGCAAGUGAAGAAGACCUUCCACCACCAAGUCUGGUGGCACCAGAGUCUCAGGCAAAUGAGCUGCAUCGUGCCAUUGCAGAUCAUAUAAUCUCUGUCCUUCCUUCUCUUUCACUUCCUAUGAGUGAAAAAAAGAAUCUGUAUGACUACUUCUCUCCUAAAUAUGGUGAACAAGAGAUUGUCACUCCCCAGUACCCCCUCUUAUUUAACUACCAUGAUGCUCUGGCUCAGCGAUUACACCUGCUGAAGGUCCAGGAGAACUUUAAUCCAGAAAAGAUUGAGCAUGAAAUGAUGGAUAAACUGCCUCUUACAGAACUUAUCCAUUUCACCCCUCCUUCAACUGAAAACAACACUAAACGCUUGGCCAGAGUUCACGAGUUCAUGCAUUAUUUUACUACUGAACUUCUGAGUUGGGCUGAAGUAGAAAGAGCCUUCAGAGUGUUUACUUUUGAAAGCAUGAAGCUGACUGGGCUAAGUGACUCUGGUUUCCUGGAGAGCUCUGGAUCUAAGGUUGGAGGUGAUUCUGAAGUGUCUUAUAUCCCUUGGGAUAAUCCAGCCAUGUUUGCAAGACAGCUGAGACAACCCUUCCUUAUGGAAAAGAAAUUUAAUGGGAAAUCUCCAAGAAGCUCUGGGUGUACUGAAACAAGUGAUGAAGAUGAAGAAAACGAUCUGGUUUAUCCUCUGUUGAACAUAGACUUGUAUCAGCUUUAUUCUGAUAUGGUGAGUCUGGAAAAUGAUGGCCUAGGACCAACUUUAGAAGAAAUAAAAAAGACACAGAGGCGUUGCUUGACAGACUGGAGUUUGGAAGAGCAUUUUCAACCACAUGUUCUUCGUCAGGUCCUUCAUACAGCAUCCCAAGAAUACAGAUGUAUUGAUUCCUUUUAUCAUACCCAAGAUAACUCUUUACUAAUGAUUUUUCACAAUCCUAUGAAUCAACAUCGUCUGAGCCAAGAGACUUGGAAUAUUGCUCUGCACUCUAAUGUGGGAUUCAGGAGCUAUCUUGAGGUGGUGGCCAACUCUGUUGAAGAUUGGGUGAAAGAGGAAGAAGCUAAAUACCAAAAAGAGAAGAUAGGCAGCACAACUCAACCUGAGAAUGUAACAAAGUCUCAAUCCAAGAAUGAAGAAAGUCUCAUUAUCAGAGAAAAUUCUCUAAAGGCUUGGAAGAUUGAGCAGGACCGAUUACGAGAGGAAGAAAAAAAAGAAAAGGAAGAAAAACAAGAAGAGGAAGAAAGAUUGCUAAGUAAAAAGAAAGGACGGGAUACAAAAGAUAAAGGAAGUAAAGAAUCAAACAAAAGACCUUCUGAAGAGAAGUAUCAAAAUGAGUCAGCAAAAGCCACUGAACUUCAGGAGGAUCAUAGCAUUCCAGAACCAUGUUCUGAGAAAGUUUAUAAGUUCCAUGGCUACAAUACAGGGGAGAAUAUCAUUCAAGUAUCAGGAACCAAUCAAUAUCUUUUCCCAUCCGAUGGAGGACAGAUUCAAGUAGAGACUAUACAGUUUGUAAAAAAAACUUUGAUAAAGGUGAAAGUUAUGAAAGACAAGCACAAUUUCUUCAUUCAUAUCACAGACCCAAAUGAAAACUUCAAAGAAGUUGAAGAGCAAGAAAUUAAUGAAGAUCAGCAAAUCAGAUCAGGAGAAUUGAAAAAUGAAAAGGAAGCUGUGAGCAAGUUUGGAUCUUUUUCCUCCACCUUGGAAAAUGGAAUCCAGCUGUCUCUGAGCUAUUAUGGACCUACAGGGGAGGAAUCAGAUGAAGAAACAGAUCUUGUCUUAGCAAGAAUUCUGAACAUCCCUUCUGUUCAUCUUCCGACGGUAAUUCCAGAAACAGUUUCUUCUGUUACACCAGCUCCAGGAAAAAAAGAUAAGUCUGACAGAGGAAAACCAGGAAAAGCUUCUGCCAAAGGAAAUCAUGGCAAAUUAGCCCCUUCAUCACCUGAUGAUCUGGUACAGAAAGAAGAACAAAAGAUGGAAACGCAAGAACCAGUUUCCCAAACACAAGAGAUGUCAAAUGCUCCUGCUUUUCCAAGUUUGAAUGCCUCCUGUCCCAAUGGACUUGUAUUAACUUUCCUUGGUGAAAGGUUUCAAGAUUUGAAAGGUGAAGCCACUGCCACUGAAGCAAAGGAAGAGAUGGUAGAGGAAAGUAAGGCCAAAGCAGAUGAAGGAGAGAAGGAAGAGGUUAUGCCAAGUGGAGAGAAGGAAGACGUUAUGCAAAGUGGAGAGGAGGAACAUCAGGUUACAGAAGGUGAAAUAAAGCAGGAAGACACUAAAAGUGAACAGGCUAAGCGACCUACUCUGGAAAUUCUGGUUAGACAGAGUUAUCCCCAAAAGGUAAAGAACUGUCAUCUUUAUUCACCUCCAGCAAGGCAAACAGAACAAGAGGUGUCAAGAGUCAUCACUAGUCAAGGAACUGUCAUAAAGCACCUGAUGGAUGGAUCUACCCAGAUUCUGUUUGCUGAUGGCACAGUGAGUAAUAGCCCCGAUUCUGGUCCUGUCCUACCACCGCCUACAAUUCCAGAUGAAAUAUGGAGGAAAACUCCCUUAUCAGAAUCAGACCGUUUAUCUGAGACCAGCACUAAGAAAGGAAAAGGCAGCGACAAGACAUCCCUAAACUCACUGAAGUCUGAGGAGUCUGAAAAGGCCAGUUCUACACAAUCUAAGGCAGGAACCUGGAUAACAACAACUCCAUUAGGCAUUCGAGUGGGCACAGAGGGUGCCACAAGAAUGGAUAUGAAGCCACUCUUAAUGUAUCAGGCCACAGACCCAGCUGAUGGAACGAUUAUGACUGUACGAGAAGAUGAAGUGGUAAUUGUUGAGAAGCCAGGUGGUGACAGAGUAGUAGAACAUGCUGAUGGUACCAGGAUCACAACAUUUUAUGAAAAAUGUGAAGACCUUUCUGUGAAGACCUUUCCACACCUUAGAAUGGAAACAGAUGAGCCCUCAGAAGCCAUCACAAAGAAGCUUAAAGGUACACAAGUAGAGAAUCCUGAGUUUGCUACUGUUAUAACAAAUUGUGAGGAUGGUACCUGUUGUACUAUCUUUGGAGAUGGGACAUCUAUUCUAGCAAAACCACAGGGAACAUAUCAGGUUUUACCCAGCAAGGGAGGCUUUCUUUUCAUUGAUGAAGAUUGCUCAGCAGUUUACAGCCAUGAAGUCUAUGAUUCCAGCAGCAAGGAAGGAGAGAAACAAGCAGGGAGAUACAUUAUGAAACACACUUCCAGCACUAUUUGUGAGAUGAUGGAUCCUGAAGGAAAUACUUUCAAGGUCCUGGCAGAUGGCAGCACAGAUGUGUGCAUUCCCAGCAUGGGCUCUGAGGAGGACAGAAGUUCAGCAGCAGAUGAUGUCAACAAACCUAUCACUGAUGAUGAGCAUGUCCCCAGGUUUUUCAUCAUCUCUGCGGAUGGUUCUGGAACGGAGCUCCUGCGAGAAAAGGAUGUACACAAGUACAUGGCUGAGGCCUGCAGUGAUCCUGCCACUGCAGUUUUGCAGGAUCCUGUACAAGAACAGCCAGGUGUUUUAAGUAUUACUAUCCUCCACCCUAUGGCUGAAGAAUCCCCUUGGGUAAUGAAGAAAGAACCAGAGAGUAUUGUUCCUCCAUAUCUACAGUCAGGGACUCAGAAAGAAUCUUCUCCUCCUGAGGAGGAGAUCACAGGUCACCCAAUCAGAAGGUGGGUCUGGAAGAGUCUCGGCAUUGGAGCAGCACAUUUGUCCUUGCCAGUCCCUGUGCGAAAAUGUCCCCAAAAACUGCAAAUCCGCCAGUUAUUCCAGUAUAAGCCACUCUGUGAUGAACUAAGAGAAAAACUGCAGCUUUCCCUCAAGGAAUAUAUGGACAACAUCUUAAAGCAGGAAAAUGAGCUGGAAGAGAUGAAUGUGAAAGAACCAAGAACAGAAGAGGAAAAGGAGAAUGCUGCAACUCUCCUUGAACAGGUUACAUCCUUCCCUGACUGGGAGAAGUCAGUUGAAAAGCUCAGUGAUAGAGCCCACGUGAGGCAGCUGUAUGAGCAGGCAGUGACACCUCCUGCCAAGGGCCACACAAGGAAGACAAGCACUGCCCAAGGAGAGGAGCAGCAGCAGAGUCCAGAAGGAGUAAUAUCCAAGUGGCAAAGCAAACUGGAGCAGAACAGGAAAGAACUGGAUGAACAGAAGGCUACAUUUGCAGCAAUAAAAAACAGAAUUUUUGCUCCAUAUUUUGAAUCUGAAUUCAGCAAAGACUUUUACCAAGAAAAGUUUCCUGAUUUGGAAGCAAUGUCUAAGAAACUUCCUCCACUUCAAAAAGAAGAAUGUAUGACUUGCCCUCUGUUGCUGAUAAGAGAACCCAGUGGAGCAGCUGAAUUUCCUGAUACCACAAGUGAUUCAUCACUUUCAUCUGGCCUUCCACUGCAGGGUCCUUCCAAACAAGAUGAUGGUUCCAGCAGCACAACAGACCUAAACAAGGCUGCAAGAGCAGAAGAGACAGCCUUUCAACAUAAAGUUCCAAUUCUGAUGGUGGAUGUUACAGGACAGACAAGAAAAAAGAAAGUAAUAUUACCAUCAUACCUUCAGGGGAAAAAACCAAGUACCAUACCAAAUAAAAAGAUAGAAGAUCCUGCCUCAGGAAAGGUCAGCAUAUCCUCUCUUGCGACAAGACAGGAUCUUACCAACUUCCAUCUCAUCCCACCCAGGGUGACAUUUGGAGUGCUAAAGGAAGGCUGCACCUAUGCAACCACUGUAAUCAUGAAGAAUGUUGGUGUGAACUUCUCAAGGUUUCGUGUGAAGCAGCCACCUCCACACACAGGACUGAGAGUGAUGUACACGCCAGGACCUGUGGCAGCAGGCUUGCAGGUUGCACUGGAGAUAGAGAUUUUUGCCAUGCUAAUUGGAGGGAAAGACACUGGUGGCCUUGAAGAAGUUUCCCAUGAUAUUGAGAUAUUAACAGAAAUUGAAACUCUUCUCCUGCCUGUGAAAGCAACUGUGCUAUCCAGUGGCAUUUAUGAGUGCCGCCCAGCAGGAUACCCCCAGGGAGGGAUGGCAGCAGCAGUCCAGGCACUUCCUACCAGCCCCAAGCCACGGCUACGGAUUACACUCCCACGAAAGCCUUGUAGUUAG